UGAAAAUAAAUGGCCUGUCACCAUUAAAUAAAGUUACAAAAGCCAUAAUACAAUACAAAGCUUGUUUAUUCUCUGUCAAACUCCUUAAUCUAAAUCUAUUUGUUUUCUUCUUUUCCUAGGCUUCCCAGUCCAUCAGAAAACUUUUUACUGCAACUUUUUUUUCAAGCAGCAAUAAAUGAUGUAAAAACAGGAGAGAACACAGUUGCAUGGCUUUCAAACGUCAUUGAUUUCAACAGCAAUGAUUUUGAUGUAGAAAGUUACAAUUAUAGCGAUGAACUCUCAUGGAAAAAGACUGAUUUUUUGUUGGAUCUACAUUCUCAUAUUAAAGACUAUGAAACUGAAACUGAACUGAGUGUUCAGUCAAUAUUACAGCCAGUUUAUCAAUCCGCUCCUGCAGUCUGGGUUAUAGACCUAUCUAAGAGGAAGGCAUCCAUCCUCCUUGAAGUGCUGGAGUUCCAAACAAACAAAAAGCCAAUGAAGAUUAUAAGCUGCUCAGAUACAGAGAAAGAACAAUGGCAUUUUCUUCAGUGUAUGACCUAUAUUUCACAUUUGGGGAUUACUUCUGCUAUCCAAUGAUAUGCAUUUUGGCUACCAGAGAGGUGUACUACGAAGAAAUUUAACUGGCUUAGCUUGGUUUCUUGAGCCAUGAUUCAGUGUUUUGAAUACGAAUCAUGGUCAAAAUCCCAUUUCAGUUUAAAGGAAGCCAUCAAAUUCAUGGUCAAUCUCUUCACUCAAGCAGCAGAGUGUGACAGAGACACAGGAGAGAAGAAACUGCAGCUCCUCUCAUCAGUCUGCAGUUAUUCCUCUUUCCCAUUUGUUGGUGACAAAAACUGUGAAGAUUUAAAAAAGCAGAGUGAAUUCCUGCUGGAUCUGUACUCAUAUUUGAAUUAUUCUGACCAUCCAUCAUAUAAACAUGUUCUGCUGGAAUUGCAGUCAGUUUAUAAAUCAGCUCCUGCAGUCUGGGUUAUAGACCUCUCUGAGAAGAAGGCGUCCAUCCUUUCUGAAGUCCUGGAAUUCCAGACAAUGAAAAAACCAGUAAAGCUUGUUGGCUGGUCAGAUGAAGAGAAUGAACAAUGGAGCUUGCUGCAAUGUCUGCCAUAUGUUUCCAAACUAGGAUUGCUUGAAUGGCAUUUCAACUCAAAGGAAGCCAUCAAAUUCCUGGUCAGUCUCUUCAUUCAAGCAGCAGAGUGUGACACAAAGACAGGAGAGAAGAAACUACAGCUCCUCUCAUCAGUCUGCAGUUAUUCCUCUUUCCCUCUUGCUGGUGACACAAACAGUAAUGAUGAUUUUAAAAAACAGAGUGAUUUUCUACUGGAUCUGUACUCAUUUUUGAAGGAUUCUGAGUAUCCAUCAUUUAAGCAUGUUCUGUUGGCACUGCAGCCAGUUUAUCAAUCAGCUCCUGCAGUUUGGGUUAUAGACCUCUCUAAGAGGAAGGCAUCCAUCCUCCUUGAAGUGCUGGAACUCCAGACAGUGAAGAAACCAGUAAAGCUUGUUGGCUGGUCAAAUGAAAAGACUGAGAUAAGGAGUUUUCUCCAGUGUCUGGCCUACGUUUCCCAGCUGCGAUGGUCUAAAUGCCAUUUCAACUCAAACGAAGCCAUCAAAUUCAUGAUCAGUCAAGCAGCAGAGUGUGACAGAGAGACAGAAGAGAAGAAACUGCAGCUCCUCUCAUCAGUCUGCAGUUAUUCCUCUUUCCCUUUUGUUGGUAACACAAACAGUGAUGAUGAUUCAAAAAAACAGAGUGACUUUCUGCUGGAUCUGUACUCAUUUUUGAAGGAUUCUGAGUAUCCAACAUAUAAGCAUUUUCUGCUGGCAUUGCAGCCAGUUUAUCAAUCUGCUCCUGCAGUUUGGGUUAUAGACCUCUCUGAGAGGAAGGCAUCCAUCCUCCUUGAAGUGCUUAAAUUUCAGGCAGUGAAGAAACCAGUAAAGCUUGUUGGCUGGUCAGAUGAAGAGAAUGAACAAAGAAGCUUUCUGCAAUGUCUGCCAAAUGUUUCUGAACUGGGAUUUUCUCAAGACAAUCUCUCUCCUUUUCAGAGAUUGCCUGUAAGGCAUUUCAAUUCAAAGGAAGCCAUCAAGUUCAUAGUUCAUGGUCUCUUCAAUCAAGCAGCAGUGUGUGACAGAGACACAGGAGAGAAGAAACUGCAGCUCCUCUCAUCAGUCUGCAGUUAUUCCUCUUUCCCAUUUGUUGGUGACAGAAACAGUGACAAUGAUUCAAAAAAACAGAGUGAAUUUAUGCUGGAUCUGUACUCAUUUUUGAAAGAUUCUAAGAAUCCAUCAUAUAAGCAUGUUCUGCUGGCAUUGCAGCCAGUUUAUCAAUCAGCUCCUGCAGUUUGGGUUAUAGAUCUCUCUAAGAGGAAGGCAUCCAUCCUCCUCGAAGUGCUGGAACUCCAGACCGUGAAGAAACCAGUAAAGCUUGUUGGCUGGUCAAAUGAAAAGACUGUGAUAAGGAGUUUUCUCCAGUGUCUGGACUACGUUUCUCAGCUGGGAUUGCUUGAAUGGCAUUUCAAUUCAAAGGAAGCCAUCAAAUUCCUGGUCAGUCUCUUCAUUCAAGCAGCAGAGUGUGACACAAAGACAGGAGAGAAGAAACUGCAGCUCCUUUCAUCAGUCUGCAGUUAUUCCUCUUUCCCUUUUGUUGGUGACACAAACAGUGAUGAAUCAAAAAAAGAGAGUGACUUUAUGCUGGAUCUGUACUCAUUUUUGAAAGAUUCUGAGAAUCCAUCAUAUAAGCAUGUUCUGCCAGCAUUGCAGCCAGUUUAUCAAUCAGCUCCUGCAGGCUGGGUUAUCAACCUCUAUAAGAGGAAGGCGUCCAUCUUCCUUGAAGUGCUGGAAUUCCAAACAGUGAAGAAACCAGUAAAGCUUGUUGGCUGGUCACAUGCUGAGACUGAGUUAAGGAGUUUUCUCAAGUGUCUGCCCUUUGUUUCCCAGCUGGGGUUACAUUUUCCACUAGAAACAACUUCUGGGCUAAUAACUGUCCCGCUGAUAGGGGGGUUAUUUGAAAGGCAUUUCAACUCAAAGGAAGCCAUCAAAUUCAUGGUCAGUCUCUUCACUCAAGCAGCAGAGUGUGACAGAGACACAGGAGAGAAGAAACUGCAGCUCCUCUCAUCAGUCUGCAGUUAUUCCUCUUUCCCGUUUGUUGGUGACAGAAACAGUGACAAUGAUUCAAAAAAACAGAGUGACUUUAUGCUGGAUCUGUACUCACUUUUGCAGGAUUCUGAGUAUCAAUCAUUUAAGCAUGUUCUGCUGGCAUUGCAGCCAGUUUAUCAAUCAGCUCCUGCAGUUUGGGUUAUAGAUCUCUCUAACAGGAAGGCAUCCAUCCUCCUCGAAGUGCUGGAAUUCCAGACAGUGAAGAAACCAGUAAAGCUUGUUGGCUGGUCAAGUGUACAGACUGUGAUAAGGAGUUUUCUCCAGUGUCUGCCCUACAUUUCUCAGCUGGGAUUAUCUGAAGAGCAUUUCAACUCAAAGGAAGUCAUCAAAUUCCUGGUCAUUCUCUUCAUUCAAGCAGCAGAGUGUGACAGAGAAACAAGAGAGAAGAAACUGCAGCUCCUCUCAUCAGUCUGCAGUUAUUCCUCUUUCCCUUUUGUUGGUGACACAAACAGUGAUGAUGAUUCAAAAAAACAGAGUGACUUUCUGCUGGAUCUGUACUCACUUUUGCCGGAUUGUGAGUAUCCAUCAUUUAAGCAUGUUCUGCUGGCAUUGCAGCCAGUUUAUCAAUCAGCUCCUGCAGUUUGGGUUGUAGACCUCUCUAACAGGAAGGCGUCCAUCCUCAUUGAAGUCCUGGAAUUCCAGAGAGUGAAGAAACCAGUAAAGCUUGUUGGCUGGUCAGAUAAAGAGAAUGAGCUAAAGAGUUUUCUCCAGUGUUUGCCCUACGUUUCUCAGCUGGGAAUGUCUGAAAGGCAUUUCAACUCGAAGGAAGCCAUCAAAUUCCUGGUCAAUCUCUUCAUUCAAGCUGCAGAGUGUGACAAAGAGACAGGAGAGAGGAAACUGCAGCUCCUCUCAUCAGUCUGCAGUUAUUCCUCUUUCCCUUUUGUUGGUAACACAAACAGUGAUGAUGAUUCAAAAAAACAGAGUGACUUUCUGCUGGAUAUGUACUCACUUUUGCAGGAUUCUGAGUAUCAAUCAUUUAAGCAUGUUCUGCUGGCAUUGCAGCCAGUUUAUCAAUCAGCUCCUGCAGUUUGGGUUAUAGACCUCUCUAACAGGAAGGCGUCCAUCCUCAUUGAAGUCCUGGAAUUCCAGAGAGUGAAGAAACCAGUAAAGCUUGUUAGCUGGUCAGAUGAAGAGAAUGAGCUAAAAAGUUUUCUCCAGUGUUUGCCCUACGUUUCUCAGCUGGGGCCUUUCAACAACAAAUCAACAGAUAUGGCAACCUUCCUGACAGACCCAGACCACGAUUUAUGGGACCAGUCAAAGAAUCAAAAUACAGUGGAGUUCAAACCAGAUUUAAAUGAUCAUAAAGGUGAACUUUCCUACAGCUUCAGCAGUGAAUCAGAAGGCCACUUUCAGUGCAGCGCGACAGGGCUGGUGUUUCAAAUGAAGGCAGCAGGCAAGGUGGAGUACAGUCCCACUUAUUGGAAUGAGGCUGCUUUGAAAACUGCUGGUUACCAACCUGCAGGGCCCCUGUUCAACAUCAAGAAUCCUGAGAAAGCGCUUUGUUCACUGCAGCUUCCACACUGUGAAGCCGAUGUGGAAGAACGAGCGCACCUGUCUGUGGCCCAUUUCUGUAGUGGAAAUAUGCAAGUACUGAAGCCUUUUGCAGUAACAGACACUCAUGUGAAAAUCCAUGUUGAGAAUCUCUCUCCUUUUGGCAUUAUUAGAAGUAUAAUUUCAUUAAUUACAUCUCAAGUUCGUGGACAGGUGUUACUUUUCCAGCCACCUAGAAGCACACCCCAGGAGCAAAUAUAUGUAUUCCUGUUACCCUCGAAUGUGCCACUUGAUCAGGUGACCAAACAGCACACUGAGUGCAGAUACAUAAAAACCAGCUCAGACUGCACCUUGACCCGAAACCAGAAAUACAAAGUUACCUCUGACCUCAAAGGACAUCAUGAAAUCCAGCCUGAGUCCCAAGAUUUUUUCUGUAACUAUGGCCCAAACUUCCACCCAACAUUUGAGGUUUUCUUCAAUGAUGGCAUCACAGCUUUGAAAUUGGCUAUUUUGAAGAAUGGACAGCAUGAAGUGUGGGGUCGCAGAGUAUCUUUACCAACAGAAGUGACUCCAGAUGCAAACCGACUGGCAGAAAGCUACCACAUCUUAGAGAGUGCAUGGAAAGAUUGUCUAUUAGAUGUAUUGGAGGAGCUGACAGAUGAACAGAUGAAGAAUCUGAAGACACGCAUGCCACCCCCUGCAGGUCGUAAGGGCAUCCCUAAAAGCAAGCUCUGUGGGGCUGACCGCCCAGACCUGAGGAACUUGAUGGUAGAGAGUUGGGGAAUGGAGGGCUCCAUCAUGGCCAUCAAGGAGGGGUUGAGUAAAAUGCAAUGUAAUGAUUUGAUUGAGAAGCUAAAUGACUUCCUACAGAAGAAGAAAAAAUCAUCUGCAUGAAGCCUGUGCUCUUAACACAGAGUUCAGGAAAAGCCUUCUAAUUAGACUAAUUUCAGUUUCAGUUUUGUAACAGGCAUCCAAGAAAAUUCUUCUGCCUAUUAAUAUGUUUUAUUCAGUUACAUUUUUCUCAGUUUUACCAUAUCCCCCUUAGGUUCUCCUAUACUCUAGUGGGUUGAACAUAUAAGCUUUAUGUAGUAAUGUUACUGGGAAGUAUGCCACUAGGGGGAGCUAAAGUUUCUGGUAUACAGGGUGUCUGCGGCGUUUUAAAAAGUACUAAAAGGUAGUAAAUCGCAUAAGCAAAAAUUAAAGCCAUUAAAAAGUAUUAAAAGGUAUUACACACGAAUUUACGAGGUAUUAAAUUUUAGAUUUUUUUUAAACUACAAAUUGUCCAUUUGUGUUUUAAAGUUUAUCUGCUAAAUUUCUCACAAAUUAUUUUAAAUGUGGAUUAGGCUCAUUUCUUCAUUCAUAGAUGAUCUCUGUGAUGCUGACGUCAUAUUCGGUGGUCGAGUGACGUCUUAAACAGUUUGCGCGCUGAAGUACAGUACAUGUUGGCUGCUUACACUCAGAAAAGCUAAGUCAUAGUCAUCAUGGGUAAGUGCAAAUUUGCACAUAAGUGGUUAGAGGACCCAGCGUUUAAGGACUGGCUAAGGUCGGUAGCAGGAAAAUAUCGAGAGGGUUACUGAUCGGUUUGCAAAAAAAAACCAUAAAUAUCACCUGGAUGGGGGUUAGCGCUCUCUGGUCGCAUAUGCGAUGCACAA